AUGUCGACGCGCAAAGAGACGCAAGAAGUGCAACGCGAUCUCGAUUCAUGCAAUCAGUUUGUCGGAUAUAGAGAGGCGCUUCAGCCGAAGCCGCCAGUCGAUCCGAGCGAGAAGGUCCCGGCAGAAGUGCUGAAAGAAUUCCGCGACCUAUUCUCACCAGGAGAGGCAAUGAAGCUGCCGCCACAUCGACCGGGUGUGGAUCAUGAAGUCAACCUGCAGCCUGACAAGAACGGCAACGAGCCACCCCUUCCAGGAUUCAUCCGAGCGAGUAGCUCAGCGGCUGCCGCGCCGGUGCUGUUCCGCGACCGAUACCCACUGCCCCUCAUCGCGGAGACCCUGCAGAAUCUGGCCAAGGCUAAGUGGUUCACCAAGUUGGACGUGGUGGCCGCUUUCCAUAAGAUCCGCAUGGCUCCGGGACAAGAGGAAAGACUGCAUUUCGCACGAGCGUACCUGGAUGAUGUACUGAUCUACUCGAGCGGUUCGAAGGCGGAUCAUGAGGCUAAGGUGCGACGAGUUCUCCAAGCACUCGCCGACGCUGGGCUGCACCUAGACCCAGCGAAGUGCGAGAAAGGAAUCGCCUGCGACCCCGAAAAGCAGCGCGCCAUCCGCGAAUGGGAGGCCCCGACCACGGUGAAGGGUGUCAGAAGCUUUCUGGGCUUCGCCAACUAUUACCGGAUCUUCAUCCCCGACUAUGCCAAGAUCACGCAGUCUCUGGAUGCCCUGCUUAAGAAAGGAACUGCCUUUCAUUGGGGACGAGCGGAGAACGAGGCGUUUCAGGAGCUGAAGCGACGAUUUUGCGAGUCACCGGUGCUCAAGCAGUGGGACCCGAGCCUCCCGACCUUUUUGGAGACGGAUUGCUCAGGCUACGCAUUGGGAGGCGUCCUGUCGCAGGAAGGCCCAGAUGGACGUCGACACGCAUGCGCCUUCUUCUCGAAGCGACUUUCGCCAGCGGAGUACAACUAUCCCAUUCACGACAAGGAGAUGCUUGCCAUCAUGAGAUGUCUCGACAACUGGAACGCCGAACUUAGGAGCUGCGGCCCAUUUACAAUCCUUACCGAUCACCGCAACCUGGAGUAUUUCAUGACACGCCAGAAGCUCACGGAACGGCAGAGCCAGGCAUCCACCCUGCCGAAGAUGAAGGUCUUCGAGGUAGCGGACCUGCAGCAACUCUGGGACGAAACGGUGGCGAAGGACUCGAUAUUCCGGGCAGCCUAUAAGGCAGUCCGCGAUCGCGAGCGUGCCUUCCCGCCCUCGCUGGGCCUGAAGAUCCAGAUUUCAGAAUGUGCGAUCGACGCAGGCAAAGGCUGA